AUUGACACGGAUAACCAAAGAUAUUAUUGUCUUCCCCAUAAUCAGAAGCCUAUAAUCGUCAUUUUAUCCUGAAAAUAAUCUCACAUUGCACCAGUUGUUCAUCACCAUCAUUCCACCAAUCUUCAGCUCCUUCAAAUCUCAACCACCAUUUUCAUUUCUCUCUAAUAAUGGCUUUGAUCCAAUUCUCAGUGUCUCCGUCCAAUUCCGUCCGUUCGUCGCCGUCAGUUCCUGGUCGCCGCAGUACAACCACCACCGCUGCUCACAGCAGGAUCACAGCUUCCGUAGCGAAAGAGACGCUGUUUAACACUGACGCUAGCAAAAGCUGCUGUUCAGUAGUAGUGAGUAAGAGAAACGGUUCAGGUUUGAGUGUGAAGUGUAGCUUGGAGACGGUUGGGCCGACGGCCACCGUUGGACAAGUCACUGAAGUGUGUAAAGAUACUUUCUGGCCUAUUGUUAAAGAUGCCGGCGAUAAGACUGUUGUUCUUGAUAUGUACACUCAAUGGUGCGGCCCCUGUAAGGUUAUAGCUCCCAAAUUCAAAGCUUUGUCAGAGAAGUACCUUGAUGUUGUCUUCUUGAAGCUUGAUUGCAAUCAAGACAACAAGUCAUUGGCAAAGGAACUUGGGAUAAAGGUGGUGCCGACAUUCAAGAUUCUAAAGGACAGUAAGAUCGUAAAAGAAGUGACCGGAGCAAAAUAUGAGGAUCUACUGGCUGCUAUAGAUGCUGUUAGAUCCGGUUAAAUCGCCUUUUUUACCUGUAAAAAAAUGCCAAUGUUCAUUUCUGAAUAAUUAUUCCUCCUUGUAUAUGUAUCUGCUGGAUCUUGCUUUUUCAGGGAACUUGCAGGUUGUGAAAUAUUUUUCCGACCUUAUAAAAUUCUAGAGCUAAGUUACAAUC